GGGGUGGGGGGUGUCCUGGGCUCUUUGGGAGGGGACAGGCUGGGGGGAGGUUGGUCCUGGGUUGUAGACGGAGGCGCAGGCCGUAGGGGUGUCUUGGGGAUCUGGGACAGAUGCUUUGUGGAGGCUUCCUGGGUCUAUCGGGUGACAAGUUAGGAGGUGUCCUGGAGCAGUGGGGAAGGGACAGGUUGCAGAGAGAGGGGCGUCCCAGGAAUGUGUAUAGGGGAACAGUGGGGUGGGUGUCACUGGACUCUGUGUACGUGUGUGUGUGUGUGUGUGUGUGUGUGUGUGUGUGUGUGUGUGUCAGUCACUCGAGGUAUCCUGCAACGGGGGGCCGGGGCGGGGGGGGGGGGCGGUCACCUAGUGUUUCCCUAGUGCAGCCCUGAGUCCUAGGCCUUUGGCUUCCGGGGAAAGUGUCGCCACAUAGAACUCGCAGGGGCCCCGGCCCCAGCUCUGCGGGCUCCUCCGUUCGGCGGCGGCUGCCCUGGACUGUGGUGACCGUGGUGACAAAAGCCAGCGGGACUGCCUCGCCCCCGUGCCCUCCCGUCUUCGUUGUCGCUCUCGUCUCUGCAGCUGUGGGAACAGGGAAUCUUGAACAGCUGCCCUUCUGUUCCUACACGUGUAUCUGUCCUGAAGCAAAUCCAGUCUACAGACCUUGGGUUUACUCAAAAGCUUAAAUUAGGGAUUUUUUUUUUUUUUAAACCUGGAUUUCCCAAUUGAUUUGCUGUAGGAUUCUUUGAGAGCACAAACACACCAGUACGUCUAAAAUGAAUCGGUUUGUGGAAAAUCAGCUUAAUUCAACAGACGUUGAGUUCAAUUAUCUGCUCUGCUCAAAACCCUGUAUUGUGGGGAAUCUCAGAGCGGCAGGACCGGGCCCGGCCCCCCGGGAAGCUGGCAUAGCUGGAAGGCUGGGGCCUGGCCAUGACGUAGGUCAAUAACAGAGACCGGUGUGUGGUCGGCACGCCACGAGGCAGGCGUGAUCGGCGUCUGAGGAGGCGGUCCGAGACAGCGGGGUGAGCGCGGCCACGUCCCUACAAAUCCUGACAAAACGCUUUCCGGGCUGUCAGCUCACGGGGCGAUGACCGGUGACCGGUGACCGUCGGUGGGCUCUCGCCGGCGCUCCGCCCUCUGACGGAACGGGCCGCGGCAGGCCGGCUCCCCGCCGUGCUCAUCUAGCCUGGCGUCCCACUGGACGGGAGGAGUGAGCAGCCAGCGCCAGACCCAGGUUUCUUGGCACCAGUGAUCAGACGCACGUGUAUCUUGUCAUGAGAGAUCCGUUCCCCGCUCGAAGGGUAGCAGUCACGGACCGUCUUUGUGCACCGGCCCUUUGCACGGAGCAGGGUGUCUCAGCACCGCCUGCUGGGGUUUAGAGAGGGGUGCACACGGAGGCUCACUCUUUCUUCCUUCUUCCAAGUGCUCCCAGCUGACUCGGCCGCUCUCCUACAUGGACCUUCAGAACCAGCUGCAGUUUAACAGGAGUGUUCCUGCACAUUCCAGCAACUUGGCCGCGCGCUAUUCCUGCCCCGACGCGAUCAGAAUCGAGAAACUGACGCACUCGUCUGGCGAGUCCUACCGUGGCGGGGAUCCGGGCUUCAGAGCCGGGCCCGACGUGAGCGGCUCAGCCUCCUUCUCCGUCAUCUCCGAGGAGAGGCUCAGCUAUGCCGUCCACCUGGCCAAGAGGGACGUGAGGCGCAGGCAGUUCGAACAGCACGUGAGACAGCAGCGUCUCAGAAGCGAGCCCCAAACCUCUCAGAGGUGGGGACACCCCGAGCACAAGGUGCCUGAGCACAGGGAGCAGAGGAAGGAGGCAAGGAGCCGGGAAGUGUGUCACUGCAGCCACGAGACGUGCGGGCGGGGAGCUUCCUGCUCGGGUGCGAAGGUUCACCUGUGUACCCCUCAGCCGGGGCAGCCCCCCGCCCUGGAGCCGGGGCCCCAGCCGCACGCCAGGAUGGGUGGCCCGCGGGGCCUGCUGGGGGUGCAGAGACUCCAGGAGGAGCUGACCACUUGCGUCCGUAGGAUGGAAGAAGUAAUUAAAAGAGAUAGAACGGAAGAAGCUUUGGAACCGGAUGAGGAGCAGCGAGCCCGCGUCAGGAGGCAGGAACAGGCCGUGCGCUGUGCCCGGAUGCUGUACUCCCUGCAGCAGCAGGUGAAAGAAAUCCAGGAAGAAUUGGAUAAAUUGAGUCCACGUAAGAUUAAACAUACCGAGAAGUCGUGGGCGAUGUCCCGGCUGGCGGCUGCCCACCGAAGCGCCAUCCGGGCCCUGCAGGUGUUUGUGACCCAGUUCGCCGACCGCGGGGAGCGGCCCCUCCCUGCCCGGUGCAGGGAGCUGGGCGGCCUCAUUCGCCAGCUCUCCCUCUGCUCCGCCAAGCUGGACGCCGACUCCUCUGUGUCCGAGGUGGUCAUAGACAUCCUGCGGCAAAUCGAGGCUUUGGAGUCCCUCCUGGAAAAGAAACUGUCACCAAAAAAGGUGAAGAAAUGUUUCCCGGAAGUUCAGACCAGGUUUCCCGUUGGUGGCCCCAGGGCCUUGGAGAGAUGGCGGAGUUCUUCGCCAAAAGGCGAGAGGAGACCCCUCCUAGCAAAGGAGAUCCUUCUGCAGGAAGCGCGACAACCUUCCAGGGCAAACAGGCUUCUUGCUGAUAAGUGUCAGCCUGGGGCAGCACCUGCAGCGACCCAGCGGUCCGCGCACGGGAACGGGCUUGGUGUGAGGGGCGCGGACAUCCGUCCGGAAGGAGCCCCUCCUGCUCCGGACCACGGCGCGAGCCUCACGGCAGAGCCCGUGGCCGUGGCGAGAGCGGGAGCAGCGGCCCGGAGGCCCGGGGCGGGGAGCAUACCGCCCAGGAAGAAGGAGGCACCGGUGGGGCCGCCGCAGGGACCCCUCAGAGCUGAGGACCGUCAGCCGCCCCAAGGCCGCGGCAAAAGCAGACUGCAGCGCACGACCGUGUCAUCCAGGCUGAAAAGGAGCCAGCAGCCAGUGAGGGACCUCAGGGCCCCCUGGGUGCCUCCAAACCCCACGUCCCCGCCAGCGUCCCCCAAAUGUGCCGCCUGGCUGAAGGUGAGGCCCGGCCCCAGAGAUGCCGCCACAGAGCGGUCUGUCCAGCAGGAAGAGGCUCAGGAGGCCAGUGCGUUGACAGGUGCUGUUGCGCACGAAGCCAUGAGACUCGCCUGGCUCGACGCUGAAGCUCACAAAACACUGAAGGAGCUGGAGGAGGUGAAAGCCGCGGGCGCGGACGGCGCGCACAGGCAGAGUGACUCUGCUGCCCAGUUAGCAGACAAGGUAGAGAAGGCGGUUCUGGAGCGUCUGAAGCCUCUCCUGGUCAAGGCCCAGAGAGUCAACUCUUCUCUGGAAGCGGAGGUGCCGAAGGACCGGCCGCCGGCAGACACGGCGACAGCCCGGCCUACGGACGAGGCUGUGGCCGCGGACGCGGGGCCCGGCAGCCUCCGCCAGCAGGGCGACUGUCUGGAAGGCACCGCGCUCCGCUGUGACGUCUUGGCGUCGCAAGCCCGGGCCCCCGGGGCAGGCGGCAGGGACAGCCCGUUUCUGGACACCAUGAUGCUGCGCAUGGAGGAGAUGGAGAAAUACCAGGAGAUGGUUCGCCGAAGAUACAAUGAAAUUGUAUAUGCUGAUCCCCGUCUGUGGAUGCAGGAAGGGAAGAGUGAGCAGACGCUCCCGGCGGUAGGUGAAAGGCCUCUCUCUCCUCAUCCAGUCGGGACCACAAAGAGCCCCGCGCGCAAAGACCCGGGCGCGAGCAUCGUGUUGGAAAGACCUCGCGAUGGCAACUCCCUGGAUGCAAGUGUGGACGCUGGCGAGGAGUCUGAGAAGAGGGAGGCUCCCCUUCCGCCCCUUCCGGAAGAGUCUCUGCGGCAGGAAGGCCGCACCGCCCUCCUGGUGCCCCCGGGCAUGCGACGCAGCAUCCGCGACUCCUGCAGCCGCUUCGAGCAGUAUCUCCGCUUGACCGCGCACGAGGCCGUGGGCGCCUUCAACCCCUGGCUGAUGGCCGAGAGCUUCUCGGACGAGCUGGUGGACGAGGCUCUGGGCGCCGUGGCCGCGGAGCUGGAGGACACGUGUGAGGACUACGCGGAAGCCGUGUUCACGUCGGAGUUCUUGGAGGCCGCCGCUUGAAGCCCGUCUCUGUGGCGGGCCUCCUCCCCGGGGCCCACGGGUGGCCUUGGCCUCGGCUGUCCCUCCGGGCGGGACCGCUGCCCUCGGAGAGGAAGGACGUGCGUCUCCGCGUCGUCGUGGCGGUGGAGCCGGUGGUUGAUGACGGUGGGUGUUCAUCGGUGCCCAGGAACCGUGAAUCGCCUGACGAGACGGUGUUUUCCGAACUGUGGUUUUUCUGUUGAGAUACCGGUGACGCGAGCGUCCUGGCAGGUGGUGGAAGACGUGUUUCACUCCCGGGGUCGAGAUGCUCCCGUCACCCCCCGUCACCCCCCGUCAGCCCCCGUCACCCGGCCGUGAGCCUGCCAGUCCCCGUGUGCGGCACCUCCUCUGGCUCUCAGCCCCUCGUGGUCCCCGGCCUCGCCCUGGGGGGGCGUAUGGACGCAGACCUUGAAUUGAGGGGCCGGGAGGGCGCCCAGCUCACGUCCUUUCUGCGGGGUCGCACCUCCCCCGCCUCCAGACCCACCGAGCAGCCUGGGUGGGAGGACAGACGUGCCUGGAUGUGCUGCCCGCCCCCCCUCCCCCAAGAAAGGAAGACACCUGAGAGCGGGGGGCGCUCGGUGCCCUCGUCCCUCCUCUCCUCUCCCCUCCCCUCUCUGUCAGGAUUCACCAAGAGGAAAGCCUCUGAUUUUUCAGAAACGGAAAAGGCACGUGUGUGAGUUUUCCUCGACCGGAGCCCUGCUGAGGACCCACCCGAGGGGAGGAUUCGCGCCCAGGAUAACAUGCGUCUUCAUGACAUGCACGGCGUCAUGUCUGGGUCUUUUCUCCCAAGUACACGUGUUUCGGGGAGCGGUGCACCUGCCCCGUCACGCGACCUGUGCAAAAUUGGGCUUUGUUUCGUGUGCACACGCUCCUAAAUGUGACACAGCUUCCGAAGGGAAAGUGCUCCCAGGUUACUGGAAGGUCUUCGAGGCGAGGGGCACGUGUGCACUUGGCGGGGCGUCUGCCGUCUGUAGCUGGAGUCGUUUGUGUGCUAGCGUUUGCUGUGAUUUGUAAAAUAAACUCAGGAUCUUAAAGGA